GGAAGAGCUCGAAGACAGCAACAGAAAGGACUGAAGAAGACAUGGCUGAACUGUCACUGUACCUCACGAACGUUAAUGUGUCUCUGGGGCAAACUAUGGACACAGAAAAGAGUUCUACAGUGGUGAAGGAGUUUGAAAAUGUGGAACUUGGAGAUCUGGGCAAAAAGAAGCCAAAGAGUCCUCGCAGAACAAUCUACUUUGCGUCUGGUGAAACCAUGGAGGAGUUCAGUACAGAUGAAGAGGAGGAAGAAGAACCAGAGAAAGCGAAAACUUUAAGUACAGUGGAUACGUCAAAGUUGACCUGGGGUCCAUAUGUCUGGUUCCAUAUGUGGAGAGUGGCUACCUCAUCCAUCUCAGUUUGUGACUAUCUUGGAGAGAAAGUGGCCUCACUGCUGGGAAUCACGACGCCAAAAUAUCAGUAUGCAAUUGAUGAGUACUACAGGAUGAAGAAAGAGGAGGAGGAAGAAGAGGAGGAGAACCGUCUCUCUGAGGAGGCAGAACAUCGUUUUGAGGAGCAGCACAAUCAGGAGGGCCAGCAGCCAAAGAUCGAGCAACCAGAAGGAACUGCUUCUUUUGUGAACGUGACCUUUGAACUGGAGCAGGAAUCACAUGCUACAUCUGAUGCUAGUAAAGUGCCUGCCCCCAUUCCCUCCUAAAAUACUGUAGUUGAUUGAGCAUAUUAGAUGGUUUUUACCAUAUUAACCUUAGACAUGAGGUGUGCUAGGUUUCUUUUUUGGAGGAGAAGUUUACAUGAAGUUAAACAUGAAGGUAACGUUGUUUAUGCAUAGCUGACAAUGGUUCUGCUUUUAAUGCAGAACUGUUUUAUUAAUUAUUUCACAAGCCAUACAUAAAACUAGCAUGGAAUUCUGGCAUGGAAUAAAAAUAUAUAAUAAAAAAGUAAUUGCGAAUUUACCUUACAAUUCUGACUUUUUCUCUGAAUUUUGAGUUUACAUCUUGCAGUUCUGUUUUUUUAGACAGUUUAUAGACACCUAACCUAAAUGUAAAGAAAAAGAAAACCUCACAACUGCAAGAUAUAAACUCGCAAUUCUGAGAAAAAAAGUCUGAAUUUUAAAGAUAAAAAGUCACGAUUAGCAACCAAGCAGAGUGCCCUAGCAACCAUUUAGCAAGACCUAUAUCUCUGCAUCAGAACAUUGUGUAGACAUGGGACUUGGCUCUUUUGACUCAUGUUAGCAAGCAGGACUUCCAACAUGCUACACAUGCCAGCAGUGAAUAGCUACAUGCUAAUAGCGAUUAGUCAUGUGUUAAAACAUUAUAAAAAUUCUAGCUAAUU